GGCUCUUGACAUUGCCCUAGAUGUGUUCUAGCCGAGGAGGUAGGGCUUCAGGGAAGGGAGUGCACGGCACAAAACAGUGGCUGGCAACAUGACUACCCUCUACGUAUUGCAGAUUUUGCUGUUGUGUGGAGUGGUAGGGGGCCAGGAACUGGCUGCUUUCAAAAAACUCGACAUGUCGCCUUACGAUUUGAACACUUUGGAACAGUACACCAAUCUCACCCUCGAUGAAAUUUUCACAGCAGCACUUGGAGGCAUCAAUGUUUCUGCUCAGAAGAUGGUUGGGCCUGAUGGUAUGUUCCUGGCAGAGCUCGACAUGCUGCUGACAGAAGAGCAAUUCCGUAACAUGUACCAACCACCAGAAUAUGGGGAUAUCAAGAUGAUGCCAUAUUUUGAACAAAAGAGAAAGAAACGAAAAGCAGUGAGACGAAUUGACCUUCGCUGGCCCAAUGGCGAAGUACCUUACUACCUCACACCGGGUCAUUUCAAAGCGAAAGAGAGAUACUUAAUUCGAGUUGCUAUGCGCGAGUGGGAAAAGUACACGUGUGUGAGAUUCCGUGAAGCAACAUCUGAAGACGUUAAUUAUGUCCGAUUCCAAAACGGAGAUGGAUGUAACUCCCAGCUGGGUAUGGUAGGUGGAGGACAACUUCUGAACCUGGAUCAGAACGGAUGCCGCUGGAAAGGACUGUACCUUCAUGAGAUUGGGCAUGCGCUUGGACUAGUCCAUGAACAUCAACUUCCAAACAGAGAUGAAUUUAUCGAGAUUCUUUAUCAUAAUGUAGCACCGAGCAUGCGCAUAUGGUUUAACAAAUACUCGACACAGGAAGUGAAUCAAUAUGACGUCCCUUAUGAGUAUUCUUCUGUGAUGCACUAUGGAGUCACGGCAUUCGCACAGGACGGUAGGUCACAAACCAUCCGGGCUAAGGACCCAUCCAAGGAAGAGACCAUUGGCAAAGUAUGGCGAAAGGAAUUGUCCUUCACUGACAUCAAAGCGGUCAACCGGAUGUACGAAUGCUCAGCGGUAUGUCCGAGAGUUGUCCGCUGCCUGGAUGGCGGGAUUGUUGACCAGAAUUGCCGCUGUAUCUGUCCGGAUGGUACCUCAGACUGUCAAGAAAACAUUAAGUCCAACAAGCCCACGUUAGACACAUGUCGGAAUGAGUACAACAGUUGGAGCUGUUACAUCUGGUCCACACAAGGAGAGUGUAAACUCAAUACCAAGUUUAUGGAACGCUACUGUCAAAAGGCGUGUGGCUUGUGUGGGAAGGAAGGAGCGAAUACGGAAGGGAAUCAUGUGGCAACAUGGGCUUGGCAGUGGUUAGGGAUUUUUACCAAUCUCUACCCAAAGAACUGGACUGUUGAGGAGUGUCAUAAUAAGUAUAGUGAUGAUAAGUGUGACAGCUGGGCAAAAAAUGGCGAUUGUAUUGUAAUGGAAGAUUGGAUGAAGAUCAACUGCAAAAGCACGUGUGGCAUGUGUUCUAACAACAACACGGCAGCUUCCGAGAAUUGUGGGAAUGUACACACCAACUCAACCCAGUGUAAUAUCUGGGCAAGGAAAGGAGAAUGUCAAGUUAACCGAAAGUGGAUGUAUAACAACUGCCGAGGGUCGUGUCGCCUAUGUGACAAGGCGAUGCCAACAGACGAUGACACACCCCUUAGAGACGAGACUUCCGACAGGGGUCAAAACGAUGACCCCCAGGGUUGUCGAGAUAGGCACAACACCAGAGAAUGCCUCAAAUGGGCUAGUAGUGGCGAAUGUUCUCGUAACCCAGACUGGAUGGUUCCUAAUUGCCGGAAGUCAUGCAGUAGGUGUGAGGACGGAUCCUGCAAGAAUCUGUACGACGACAGGAAAUGCCAGGUAUGGGCCCGGGAUGGUGAGUGUAUGAAGAAUCCAAGCUGGAUGCCGGUCAACUGUAAGAAAGCAUGCGGUCGAUGCGAUGGUAGUACCAGAGAUGACAAUGAGGCAGAGGAAGACAACGACGAUUGGGGAAACGAUGAUGUAGAUACUGAUGACGGCUGCAGCAACUACCAUAAUGACAAUGAUUGUGAGACCUGGUCUAAGAAUGGUCACUGUGAAAUCAACCCAGGAUACAUGAAGACUCACUGUAAACGAUCAUGUGGAGUGUGUGCAAGCACUCGUGAAGACGAUGGUAACAGAGAUGGAAACAACGGCCGCGACGAGAACAUCGAUAACGAAGAUGACAGAAGAAACCAGGACGAUGAAAUAGAUAUAGACACACAGGACGAUGGUGGUACCACUGAAACGGAGGAAGGAGAAGUUGAGGAAGAUGACGAGAAGAAAGUCGUUGUUACUAAUGAAGACGAUGAAACGGAAGAUACGGAGGGCACCACGAAGGCACCACUAGACUGUGUAGACGAACAUGAAAGUUGUGAAGCUUGGGCAAAAGUAGGCUACUGUAGAAACAAUGCCGGCUACAGUCUAAGGGCCUGCAGAAAGGCGUGUAAUAACUGCAAAAAAGGAUGCGUUGAUGAACACACCCUGUGCUCAACGUGGGCGAAAGCCGAACAGUGUGGUUCAAACCCGGGUUACAUGUUACGAUUCUGUCACAAAUCUUGUAAACUCUGUUAGAUAUAUCAUGAGGUGAGAGAAGCACACAUUGACGGAUAUCAUUAUACGUACGAAUGAUAUAUUUAUCGGGACCAAUCUUCUCAACACUGACUGGAUUAUUGUUGAAAUGUUUCCGCAUUUAUCUGCUGCUGGAUGUGUCUUUUUCAAUAUGACAUGUAAUAAAGUACAGGAAGUUAAUACUAUAAUCAUUCGCUAUUUGUGAUAUUAAAGAACAUUGGUUAAAUGUAUGUUUUCAUUAAGCAAUUAAAACUUAUGCCUUUUUCUCGAA